CAGGUGUUUGCUUCUGUCGGCUUCGCUUUGCCGAAGGCGCGUAAACGUUCAUGACACAUUUGGACAAUACACUGAUUGGCCCCCUCUGCUGACAGUGACACGCGCCGUUAACAGGUGUCGGCGGCCCGCAUUUGACUCGGGAAUACGUGCAGACACACGGUGAGCACGGAAAGCGGAGCACUUCGUAAACGGCACCGCGUAGGAGAAGACGGAAACUGCAGUCGCCGGGGUGGUGCUUGCAUGGGGAAACUGCUGAUUCCGUUGUAACUCAUCGAAGCGUCAACGCCGUGAGCGAUAAGGUUUGCCAUGACGAGCGACGGCAAGACGAAAGCAUGACGUCAAACGGGGAGUACCACAGUUCAGCGUUGCUUCAUUGCCGAUAUCGGAGCAUCGUUAUCCGCGCCGGUGCAUCCCUGACCGUUGCGGGCAUUGCCUAGCGGUCUCUCCCUGCUGGGUCUGACUCGACACUGCACCGCAGGCGAUGGGAGUACGGUGUCUGUGAUGCUCCGCAGCUCCCCAUACGGGUUAAAUUAGGAAAAUCCGAAACCUUUCUCCAAGCCUCUGAAGAAAACGGGGGCAAAGAGCGUCCCGACCAACUACACCAGAGGUGCACCAUGGGAUUCUGGCGGCAGCUGCGAGUGAUCCUCUGGAAGAACAUUGUCGUGUACUCGUUCAAACGUCACUAUGUGCUCACCUUCUUCACCAUGGCGGUACCACUCGUGCUCUCGGGAGUGCUGUUGUACCUCCGCAGUCUGGGCUUCAACAACGGCACCGAACCGAUUGUGCGGAUGAACGCCACCAUCUAUAAGGAGUUCACGCCAAGCUUUUCGCACCCAGUGCUGCCCCCGUAUCCCUAUGCACCUAACACAACGUACGGCAACAAUCUUAUGAGAGCUGUCUUUGGAAGUGAUGCCAUAGGGUUUCCUUCGGAGGAGCAAGUUGACGCGUUCAUUGCGCGUUACGCCUUAGAGUCGUAUGAAGGAACGUCAGUGGCCGUCCUCUUGCAUGAACUUCCGCCAGACGGAUCUCCACCGGUCAACCUCAGCUACACUCUGCGCUUCAACACAUCCAACUUCAACUUCAAGACGGGAGAGCGGUUCCCCACGUUCAGGACUCCUGGUCCACGACCGGAGGAUACCCUCUACCUCUCGCUGAUGUGGGGACUGCAGGACAAGAUGUUCACGGAACACGUUAAACUGUUGAAAAGCGUGAAGGGACUUGCGCGCCAGAAGCCAGAGAUCGCCAUGCACAGGUUUCCCUACCCAGAGUACAACGACGACAGCAAGUUCGACCUCAUCUCUCGACUCAUCGCCAUGUUUGUGGUGUACAGCUACCUCGUCUUCUCGCCCAUCUACGUUCGGAGGGUCAUAUCCGAGAAGUCGUCCAGAGUCAGGGAAUUGAUGCGCAUGAUGGGCCUCACCGACUGGGUCUACUGGAUUGGCACUUUCGCCAGCGGCUGGAUGGUGCUGGCCGUCACGCUGACAAUCAGCUUGAUCCUCUUCAAGAUCCCCGUCGCACCAUUGGCAGCGGUCCUCCUCUACAGCGACUUCAGCCUCCUCCUCUUCAUCUGCCUCAUUUAUGCAACGUCGGCCAUCCUGUUCCUGCUCCUGUUUACCGUCAUCUUCAACAGCGCUGUGGUUGGCGUCAUCUUCUCUACCGUGGGCUGGGUUACCAGCUACAGCCUGCCCACGUCCAUCUUGGAUCCGCUUGGCUCGGAUCGCUACAUGAGCGUCAGCCGCAGCGCGAAGCUGUCCACGUCCCUGCUGCCGAACAGCGGCCUUUACUGGGCAUUUCGCCUAAUCUCCUUUCUAGAAGGCCAAGGGAUCGGUGCCAAGUGGAGUAACCUAGGAAUGGAAGCCGUGCCUGCGGACAAUGUGACGCUUGGCCAAAUCGUGCUCAUCAUGCUCGCAUCGGUGCUCAUCUACGCGCUCCUCUUGUGGUACCUCGACAACGUAUGGCCCUUCCAGUACGGCAUUCCGAAGCACCCGCUCUUCUUUCUUCAGAUUAUCAAUGUUGCCAGCAAGAUAACGCAACGCAACUGUUACCGUCGGAGUUCAGUUUUCUACAAGUCAAAGUGGUGGUACCAGCGCGUUUACAGGCUCGUAUGGAACCGGCUUAAACCUAAGAUUAGGAAGCCCACUGUGAAGUUCAAAAAUCUUAACUUCGCCGAGAAAUCUUACUGGUACACGGAGCUGGACCACGACAGUGAGAUGGAAGGGGUUGCUGGCCAGGAAGGCAACAAUGAUGACAAUGUCUUCGAGCCGCCACCACCGGAUGCGCACACCACCAUCGCACUCUCCCACGUGACCAAGAAAUUCAGAGGCACCAACAAGAAGGCUGUUGAUGACCUCUCUUUGGAAAUUUUUGACGGGCAACUCACCGUACUACUAGGCCACAAUGGCGCCGGCAAGACAACCACCAUGAACAUGAUCACAGGACUGUUCCCGCCCACACACGGUGAGGUGCACAUCAACGGCUACAACAUCCGGACGCAGACCAAGAAGGCGCGCGAGAGCUUCGGCCUCUGUCCGCAGCACAAUGUCCUUUUCGACGAGCUGACGGUGGAGGAGCACCUCUACUUCUUCUACAGUCUCAAGGAAAGCCCCGACGUGAGCUGGAAGUCACACGUGAACGACGUCCUCACAAGCGUCGACCUGGCCGGGAAACGCUCGGCGCUGGCGAAGGACCUCUCAGGUGGCAUGAAGCGCAAGCUCUCGCUCGGCAAUUCCAUGAUUGGGGGCUCCAAGAUCUUGAUCUUGGAUGAGCCAACAGCGGGCAUGGACCCGCAGGCCCGCCGCGCAGUCUGGACGCUUCUGCAGAACCUUCGCCGGAGCAAGACUAUCCUUCUGACCACUCACUACAUGGAGGAGGCUGACGCGCUGGGCGAUCGAAUCGCGUUUGUGGCCCAUGGGAAGCUGCAGUGCUGCGGUUCACCGCUGUUUCUCAAGAAGCGAUAUGGAACUGGUUACCGCAUGAGGAUUGCAAAGGGAAGCGACUGCAGCCUCGACGUCGUGACGGAAAAGGUCACAUCGGCCAUUCCAGCCGCCCAGCUCACCUCGGACAUCGGCCACGAGGCGAUGUUCAACCUCGGCUUUCCGCCAGCCUCGGACGUCAUCCCGCUCCUGAAGAACCUCGAACAGAGCAAGGAGAGCCUCGGCAUUAAUAGCCUCGGGAUCUCGGUCACAACUAUGGAGGACGUAUUCAUCAGAGUCGGCGAGUUGGCGGACAGCAGCGUCGAGAUGAGCAGCAAGUCGUCCAACUCUCAAAAUGGCACCAACAGCAUGGGUGGCUUGCUGGAAGCGCUUUGGAAGAAGGUUGACGAGUGCCGGUACGUUUGCGUUGCAGACGACGAGUACCCGACGUUCCAGCGCACGAGUGGCCUGACGCUGCUGGCGCAGCAGGCCACAGCACUGUUUCUGAAGCGGUGGCACACCACCAAGCGGCCAGUACUUCCUCCCCAUCCUCGCCAUCGUCAUCCCUGUCGUCCUCUUCUUCCUGUACACCUCGCUCGACAUCCAGGACGCAGAGCACGCGACUGUCAAGAAACUGGUGUACGAUGUCGGCAGCUACGCCGGCCCAACCAACGGCUUCAUCAGCAGCGGAAUCGUCGGAGCUGGGUGGAGUGGAUUUCGUUGACGCGAUGACUCGACAAAAGGUGAAGGUCGCGAAGGAUGUGGACAAUCCGGACGACUUCUUACUCAGGGUGGCCCGACGCAGCCUUACGGAGUACAACGGAAAGUACCUCGUAGGUGGUCAGACUGAUGGGGACGUAAAAGCUGUGGCCUGGUACAACGGUGAGCCGUACCACGUUGGCUCCAUGUCUCUCAACUUGGCGCACACGGCGGCGCUGAGGUACGUCACCGGAGACGCCACUGCUAGGGUGUCCGUCACCAACUGGCCACUUCCUGGCGAGCUGUCCGAACAGAUAGGUGCCGCUUCG